AUGCUUAUGUGCUCAUUUGAAGGAUGCUUCAGUGGAAGCAGAAAAAAAAAUAAAGCAAACAUUCAAAUGUCCAUCUCUAUAAGUUUCCCAAAGAUCCCGAGAUGCCUAGGGAAAUGGUUGGAUCAAAUAAAACUUGGGUCUAACGUCAAUAAAGUUAAUUUUGAAACAGGUGUAGUAUGCAGUAAUCAUUUUUCUUCUGACUGUUUUACUGAUAAAACUUUUGACCAAAAAGCUGCUGGUUUUUCUCCUAUAAAUAGCAGAAGAUUACUACCAAAUGCAAUCCCAUUGACGUAUUAA